AUGUCGUACGGUGUCUUUCUCGGAUACUACCUCGAAAAUGGGAUCUAUCCAGAGGCCACGCCUACGGACUUUGCCUUCAUCGGAGGACUAAACUUUUCCGUGGCGAUGCUAGCCUCUCCAGCCGUGACGGUUCUGGUCCGCCGCAAUCCCUUCGGCCAUCACAUCCCCAUGCUCACCGGUGUAUGUCUGCAAACAGCUGGCAUUCUAGUUAGACUGGGGGUCGGCUUCACCUACAUUCCCAGCAUCGCCGUGCUCUCUCAACGGUUCCAUCGGCGCCGCAGCUUAGCAAACGGCAUUAGUGCUGCGGGAUCUGGUAUUUGCGGGCUCCUGUUCUCCUUUAUAGUACGGGCAGCUAUUAGUAACAUCUCUCUAGCCUGGUCACUUCGCAUUACUGGGCUCGUUAGUGGAUCCAUGAAUAUUCUAGCAACAGUUGCUAUGAGGAGCCGCAAUCAUAUCAUUCAGCCAAAACAACAUCCGUUUGACAUAGAUAUCCUUUGCCGUUACGAUGUCAUACUAGUCCUUGCUUGGGCCUUUGUGAGUAUGUUAGGCUAUAUCACCUUACUCUUUUCUAUGUCCAACUUCGCAAGCUCAAUAGGUCUGGAUGAAUCUCAAGCCGCCACUAUCACAGCCCUUCUAAACCUGGGUACUGCACUUGGUAGACCGUUCAUCGGGGUUAUCAGUGAUUACUGUGGUCGAAUCGAGUCUGCGGGAUUCAUAACUCUUCUAUGCGCAAUAUCAGUCUUUACAAUUUGGAUACCAGCUACGUCAUACGGAGUUACUAUUCUCUUUGUUAUUGUCAAUAGUGGAAUCCUGGGUGUCUUUUGGGUUACAAUUGGGCCAAUAUGCACAGAAGUCGUGGGACUUGGAGAACUGCUAUCUGUGCUCUCGCUGGCCUGGUUGAUGAUCGUGUUACCAACCACCUUCUCUGAAGUAAUCGCACUCAAAUUCCGACGCCCCGGAUCCGGACAUGAGUUCCUCUAUCCCCAGAUCUUUGCCGGGUUGACGUACCUCAUAGCUAGCAUCAUCAGUCUGGAGUUAUAG